AGGGGGAAGGGGGACUAAGCAUAGAGCGCAAAACCACAACCUUUCUCUAAAGAGAAACAAAAAUGGGGUCUCCAUUAAUGGCUUCUCUCUUAUCAACUUUGCUCGUCUUCACAGUUUCUCUAAGCUUUGCUUCUGAAACCUCUGCCAACUACUAUUACUCUUCUCCUCCUCCACCAAUGAAGCACUACGAAUACAAGUCUCCUCCACCUCCGGUUCACCCUUACAUUCCUCAUCCGAUCUACCAUUCUCCGCCACCUCCUAUGAAGCAUUAUGAAUACAAAUCUCCUCCUCCACCUGUCAAACACUACAAUCCUCCUCCCAUCUAUCAUUCUCCUCCUCCUUCCAAGAAAGACUACGAAUACAAAUCUCCACCUCCUCCCGUUCACCAUUACUCUCCUCCCGUUUACCAUUCUCCACCUCCUCCUAAAAAGCAUUAUGAAUACAAAUCUCCUCCUCCGCCUGUCCACCCCUACACUCCUACUCCCGUCUACCAUUCUCCACCACCUCCUAAGAAACAUUACGAAUACAAAUCUCCUCCUCCACCUGUCCACCACUAUAUUCCUCCCCCUGUAUAUCACUCUCCACCUCCUCCGAAGGAACACUACGAAUACAAGUCUCCUCCUCCACCGGUUCACCACUACAUUCCUCAUCCGGUUCACCACUCUCCACCUCCUCCGAAGAAACACUAUGAAUACAAAUCUCCUCCUCCACCAGUUCAUCACUAUACUCCUCCACCGGUUUACCACUCUCCGCCCCCACCAAAGGAACACUAUGUGUACAAAUCUCCUCCUCCACCGGUUCACCAUUACACUCCUUCUCCGGUCUACCAUUCUCCACCACCACCGAAGGAACACUACGAAUACAAGUCUCCUCCUCCGCCAAUGCAUUACCCUCCUCCCGUUUAUCACUCCCCGCCACCACCCAAAACCCACUACAAAUACAAGUCUCCACCUCCUCCGACCUACUCACCACCACCUCAUCACUACAUCUACGCAUCUCCACCUCCUCCAUACCACUAUUAAUUGCAUUUAAUAUGGAGUCCUAAGUAUGCAAAAAUCUUCGGAAAUAAUAAAAGAGACAAGAGUGAAGAAUGAAGUCAACCAGCACGCCAAGAGAAAGUUUCCCAUUUCCGACAUAUGCCUUUUUUUUAAGUUAUGUAAUAAUUUCGAAACAUGUUGUUGAAUCAAGUGGUCUUUCAUGUAAGUUACGUCCUUUACAAAUUAUCAAAUGCAAGUUUUUUCGUCCAUUAUUCAAAA